UCUUCAUCCCCUCCUUGCUUGCGCUUCAUCGUCAGCCUUGCGGCUCGGACUUGCCUUGGCGCAAACGCGUCAUAGACGGGCAACCGCAGCGACCUCAAAGAUGCUUCAAAGAUGAAGCUCCACUAGGCGAUGCCCAAGACUUCUUCAGCAGCCGUUUUCUGGUAGCGAUACGACAAGUCAGCUCCCCGGUGUAGAAAUCAAGCAACAUUCAUGCGGGCUGCUGCCAUGUCGCAGUCGUGCAACAGAAAGCGCACAGCCCAGAGCGACUGCUUGGAGCGAUUCCUGUCGUUGGCCAUGUGUGUGGGCCUCUUGUGGCCUCCAGGGGGAGCGUCAGUGGCGCCAUGCAUCUGCGCCUCCAACAUCCUUAGCUGCUCCAAGAUGAAUCUUAGCAGCAUACCGACAGGGCUGCCUUUGUACACGGCCGUCCUGGAUCUCAGCUACAACGACAUCAACAAGCUGAAAUCGGAAUGGACCCCGGUGAAGCUCCCGAAGCUACGCAACCUGCUGCUGAGCCACAACGGUUUGCUAUUCCUGUCUUCGGAGGCCUUUGUAAACGUGAAACAACUGCGCCACCUGGACCUGUCCUCCAACAGCCUGCAGCUGCUGGACGAGUUUGUGUUUGAACCGCUGGUCAACCUGGAGGUUCUACUUUUGUACAAUAACAAAAUCACCCAGAUUGAUCGCUCGGCCUUCAUCACCACGCUCAACAUUCAGAAGCUCUAUCUGAGCCACAACCAAAUCUCUCGUUUCCCCGUCGAACUCAUCAGGGAGAAGUCACGUCUGGAGAAGCUCAGCCUGCUGGAUGUGUCGUCCAACAAGAUUAAAACGCUUCCUUUGGACGAGAUGCGAGCACUGCCCGCCUGGUUACGAAACGGCCUGUAUUUCCACAACAACCCGCUACUGUGUCACUGUGACCUCUACACCCUGGUCGCCCACUGGGACCUUCGCAAGCUCAACUCUGUUGCGGACUUUAGGGGUGAAUUUACAUGCAUCCUGCAGGGCCCGCAGAAAACGCGAGUAGACGUCUUUGAGCUAAGCGGCGAAAGCAUGAACUGCAGCACCUUCAAGGAGGCAGAAGAGGAAGCCUUCCUAGAGCAAACACUAACCCUUGCUUGCGACACCAAGCGCAGAAACAUGUUAAAGACCUGGACACUUCCCGGUUCUGCCGCGCUGAUCUCUGGAGGCAACCAGACAGCCAUGGUCAUGCCGGAUGGCAGCCUGCGAGUCAGUCCAGUUCGGUCUGAGGACUCCGGAACCUACACCUGCUUCGCCACCAGCGAGGCCUUCAACGAGACCAUCUACGUGGUGCUGAAGGUUCACAACUUUACCAUGCACGGUGGCAGCGAGACCCUCAACACAGCAUACACCACCUUGGUGGGUUGCCUAGCCAGCGUGGUCCUGGUUCUGGUCUACCUCUACCUAACACCGUGUCGCUGCUUCUGCUGCCCUGGUAAGGGCAAAGCCCGCGGCGACGACAGCAUCCGCUCGUCGGUGCUCAGUGUGACGCCCACCCACGGUGCAGACCCUGCUGCACUCCAUAGGCACGUGGUCUUCACGGACACCAAAGAGGCACGGGGCCUGAAUGGCAAGCUUAACCCCAACGUCGACCAGGAUGACCACGAGACUGAGGAGGCACGCUCUCUGAUGAAGGGAACCAGGAAGAAGUCAAUCACCGAGUCCAUCAGCUCGGUUUUUUCUGACACUCCAAUGAUGGUCUGAAAGGGACGAUGACCUUGGACUGUUUUUUUUUCUCCAGCAUUUUCAUGUGUAGCACUUAUUGAUUGACAUACUGUGAAAGGACAAGACGAGUGGGCGUCUCAGAAGGUGAUCAAGGCAACUGGACUCUUCUUAGUUGUUGUUAUUCUUUGUACAUGCCUACACAGAUAUUUUGGUCAAGAUAUGAUACUAACAGCCAAUUUUGCUUCUCACCUAGAACGUAUAGUAGCAUAGCUAGUGUUCCCCCUCAGACUUGAUGCGAGCCUGCAAGUUCUGAACCCCCACAAACCCCCACAAAGAUUUAUACAGUGGUACCUUGACAAAGAUUGGUGGAUGAUUUGUUUUGCGUUUUAAAAACUAAUUGAGAUAUGGACAAGCUUCAAAAUCACCGUCACUCGACUGUGAUUCACUUUUAGCUGUUUAUUGAUCCGUUUAGUCAUUUGACAUAGUGUAUGUGUAAAGUGAGUGACGAGCUUCGUUAUAGAAAAAAAAAUCAACUCAUAGAUGGCACGGUAAUCGCCUACAGAUUUCAUGAGAUUGCGGCAAAAUUCUAUAAAGCACCUCACCUCAACAUAGCUUGAUGGCACCAAACCACUACUUAAUUGAUUUGCCAGAAGCGGGACAACAACAAAUUGGUUGGGUCUUUCCAAAAAUCUGCAAGUAGCUUGUCAGGAAUAUAUGGGGGGAACACUGCAUAUAUACAGGUAAUCUAGUACAGGGAUUGGCUUUGACUAACAUUGACUGACUGCUUUGGAGAAGCAGAACUUGGUGAAAAAGGCUGGAUUUGCUGUGCAGGCUUCAAGUUAAACCCGUUCCCAUGUUUUGCUCUCAGGUGACAUUUUAAGAAUAUGCUCAAUGGCGGUGUUGAGACCAUAAUCAGUUAAAAUUCGAUGUUUUCAGAUCAGAAUCAAAACCAAAAAAAAUCGUUUCAGUUUGGAACACAACUUAAUUCCACUUUAACUUUUUAAAAUAUCCAUUGGUAAUACAAACCCAUAUGCGUAUGCAUUAACACCAGGAAUAUACACACAGAAAAAAGCCUACUGCAAAUAAGUGCAACCUCAUUUCUAAAGAAUUUGAGAUGUUGUGUUGAACAUAAAUAAAACCAGAAUACAUUGAUUCGCAAAUCAAGUUCAAUCUAUAUUUAAUUGAAUACACUACAAAGGGAAGAUAUAAUGAAUAGAUGAUAAAAUGCCUAAAUUCUUUGCAAUUGUAAACUGAGAUUUAUUGUCCUAAAACUGUUCAACUAUUUUCUCACACACUUGUUCACAAAGAGGGGAACCUCACGUCAUUUUAGCUUUUAUUGAAUAAUCCAAGUAGAGAUUUGUGUAUGUCACCCUUUAGUGGUUGACCGCCAUUACUGGGGUGUUUGCACUCCUAUAGCAGCCCAGCGUCAGUCAAUGUAAACAGUAAUGUAGCUGCUGUUGGCUGUGUGCGGCACACCUCAGCAAUGGCAGACGGGGUACUUCCGAUCAUUUUGUUCAGAUUGGUCUAUACUCGAUUAUGGCCGUCGCCUGUUCCCAAUUAGCCUGUUCACCUGUGACAUCUUCCACUUGGUGUUUGAUGAGCAUUCCUCAACUUUCUCAGUGUUUUUGCCACCGGCGCCAGCUUUUUUUGGUAACAUGUUGCAGCCCUUACAUUCUAAGUUAAUGAUUAUUUGCCAAUAGGUUUGACCUAUAAAUACAGUAUUUGGUCUUUGGAGUACUUCCAUCUAGAUUGAACAUAAUUUGCAGAUCCUUGUAUUCUGUUUUUAUGUUUUGCAAGUCCCAGUUUCAUUAGAAUUGGGGUUGUAUCCCAUUUGAUAUCUUAUAAUAUACAAAUAUACUGAAUUACAAGUGCGUAGAAAACAGCGCUACUUUACCAACUCAUAUCAAAGAACAAUAAACAGGAGUUUAGGAGAUGCAGUAAUGAACAAUUUUUUAAAAACAGAUUCUUCAAGCUGUUUAAUGACAUUCCCAAAAGACGUGUUUUUGGAACAACAACAAAACUUGACUUCCCGAUAGCUUAAUACUAAAAGACAAUGCAAAAUGUCACAACAAAGUAAUCAUUUUACAAAAUAUUUAAUUCUUGACAUUCUAUUUAAUUUUGUUUCUAUUACUGUAUACGUUUUUAUUGUGCAUUCUAUAGAGCACUAUCUUAUUGUAAAAACACGACACAAAUUUUCAUUCAUUUUUUUUUUUCCCAGAGGUGAUGGAAAAAAUUAAUGGUAUUGCUAUUCAAUUCCAGUUUAAAUAGUGAGAGUGUUUUAGUUAUGAGAAAACUCGUAGUUGAAUUUAAUUGUGUCCAUCAUUAAAUCUGUAGUCCUGUACAGUCAGUGACAUUUUGUAUAUGUAUUAUUUAUGUUGUCUUGUGUUAAUGUUUGCGUACUUAUCUGGGGGCAAUUUGCGGGUUGUUUCAUGUCUGGGUGUAAACGCUGUCGUAUGGGCUCAGCUAAAUGUAAAUGAAAUUUGGGCCUUAAGAGGGAAUUGGGCCCUUGGACCUGCAGUGAAAAUCCAGCCUCCAUCAGAUAUUUUGACAGAAGUGUAGCAGCAUUAGAAGGGUCAUGGGUGGCCAAAUCAUAGCCCAGUGAUCCUUCUGUAGUCACACAUAGUCUUUGUUCAUACAUUUAACUCUGUAUAAUGCUGUGUAAGCCUUAUGUAACUAAAACAAGAUAUAACCUCCGGAAAAUAAAUAUUGAAUGCAGGGAAAUGUUUUGUCUGGCUGAAAUAUCAACAUAUUUUGCAUGGAUGGUUCUGAGAUCAAAUCAUCAUUCAGGCAUUCAAGUAGCACUGCCUUAGGGGUUGCUCCAUAUGUUUCAUCACAGUAAUAUCUCCAAUUGUUCAUCCAAUAUAUCUUCGUUUUUACUUUCCAACCGAAAAUGUCGAAUUGUACAGGUCACAUUAACAAUACUGUAGUGAAAAAAAGAGAUUGAUGUAUCUUAGUCUCGUUUUUUAUUUUUUAAUUACAAAUGGGAUUAUAUAAUAACUGUUUGUUCCGUGACACUGACUAGACAUUGUCAAUUGUUUGCAGUGAAUAUUUGCUGGUGAACAGUCAAGGAUGUAGGCUACGAAGCUGUAAAUUUGUCAUUUCUGAAAUGAAUGUGAUUUUUUUUUUAUUUUGCCGCUUAAAAGGGCAUCAUUUUCAUUUCUGGGAUGAGUGGUCGUCUAAUCCAGGCAGUUGGCAUAGAAUGAGACAAUGGCUUUGCGUUAUUGUUGUUGUGGUUUGACUCAGGACAAAAAGACAUCGCGGGACUGCCUUGCUGUUUGAUGACUCCCCGUGAGGCAUUACGGCUCGGUUCCAUUUUGUCCGCGUUGUUUCCGAGAGCAAGUGUGAUGUACUUUAACAGUAAAUUUCAUGCCCCAAAUAUCCCCAUGUAGUUGUUUAGCGGUAGAGCAUCAUCACAAGUACACAUUUACAAAAGCAUUUGCCAUCGAGACAACGAUAAUUACAUACACAUAGGGCUUAAUAGAGCAAAUUUCCUAUUCGGCUGAUUAUGCAAAGUAUGCGAGCCCCAUCCUGUACAAUUUUAGGUGUAGGUCCUGUAGUCAUUUAUGUUAUGUUCUGUUAUGAUAGACAUGUACACCAAAUUCCAUAAUGAUUGAUUAAACUGAUGCCAGGUGGGAUAUUUUUCCAACUUUGAAUGCAACUGUGUUGUCCUUAAAGAAUAAAUUAAGCAUAAUAGUAAUUGUGAAAUGGCUUUUGUUUUUUUUUAAAUCACUGAUCUUAUUCAUUUGGUUAGGCCUAAUAAAUAGUACCCUCUGGCAGCAUUGCUCCUACAGUGCUGGCCAAAAGUAUUGGCACCCAUGCAAUUCUGUCAGGUAAUGCUCAAUUUCUCCCAGAAAAUGAUUGUAAUUACAAAUGCGUUGGUAGUAAUAUCUUCAUUUAUUUGCUUGCAAUGAAAAAACACAAAAGAGAAACGAAAAAAAUUAAUUAAAUCAUUACCAUUUUACAAAAAAACUCCAAAAAUGGGCCGGAGAAAAGUAUUGGCACCCUCAGCCUAAUACUUGGUAUCACAAUCUUUAGACAAAAUAACUGCGAACAACCGCUUCCGGUAUCCAUCAAAUAAGUUUCUUACAAAGCUCUGCUGGAAUUUUAGACCAUUCUUCUUUGGCCAACUGCUCCAGGUCUCCGAGAUUUGAAGGGUGCCUUCUCCAAACUGCCAUUUUCAGAUCUCUCCACACAGGUGUUCUAUGGGAUUAGUCUGGACUCAUUGCUGGCCACUUUAGAAGUCUCCAGUGCUUUCUCUCAAACCAUUUCUAGUGCUUUUUGAAGUGUGUUUUGGGUCAUUGUCCUUCUGGAAGACCCAUGACAUCUGAGGGAGACCCAGCUUUCUCACACUGGGCCCUACAUUAUGCUGCAAAAUUUGUUGCUAGUCUUCAGACUUCAUAUUGCCAUGCACACGGUCAAGCAGUCGAGUACCAGAGGCAGCAAAGCAACCCCAAAACAUCAGGGAACCUCCGCCAUUUUUGACUGUGGGGACCGUGUUCUUUUCUUUGAAGUCCUCGUUUUUUUCCCAUGUAAACUCUAUGUUGAUGCCUUUUCCCAAAAAGCUCUACUUUUGUCUCAUCUGACCAGAGAACAUUCUUCCAAAACGUUUUUGGCUUUCUCAGGCAAGUUUUGGCAAACUCCAGCCUGGAUUUUUUAUGUCUCUGGGUCAGAAGCGGGGUCUCCCUGGGUAUCCUACUAUAAAGUCCCUUUUCAUUCAGACGCCGACGGAUAGUACAGGUUGACACUGUUGUACCGUCGGACUACAGGACAGCUUGAACUUGUUUGGAUUUUACUCUAGGUUCUUUAUCCACCAUCUGCACAAUCUCUCGUUGAAUUCUCUCGUCAAUUUUUCUUUUCUGUCCACAUCUAGGGAGGUUAGCCACAGUUCCAUGGGCCUUACACUUAUUGAUGACACUGCGCACGGUAGACACAGGAACAUUCAGGUCUUUGGAGAUGACUUGAAGCCUUGAGAUUGCCCAUGCUUCCUGACAAUUUUGCUUCUCAAGUCCUCAGACAAUUCUUUGGUCUUCUUUUUUUCUCUUUUUUUCAUGCUCAA